CAGAGGUCAUAAGGUGUGGCAGAAGCAGCAGUGCUGCAGAAGCUGUAAGAAAAGGGAUGUGGAUGACAGCGUGAGAUGAAGGCAGGAGAAGGCUUAUGGAAUUAGUGUACUUAAGAGGGCAGUGUGUAGGCAUUUGAGGCAGGCAGCGAGGGGUGUCUAGCAAGCACAUGGGCAUUUGAGAAGUCUCUGGGGAAACGAAGUUCACCUUCGAGAUCACCAUGCCCCAUAUAGGCCUGCUCAAUCACUUCAGUCUGCAGAACUAGCACUGUUACGGGUGACACACUUCAGAACUCUGCCCAUUGACCACAGUAGGACAAUGGCUUCAGUUGCUGAGCGGACUUUCAUCGCCAUCAAGCCUGAUGGAGUACAGCGGGGCUUGGUGGGAGAAAUUAUCAAGCGAUUUGAACAGAAGGGAUUCAAACUGGUAGCCAUGAAAUUCAUGCAUGCCUCUGAAGAUCUUCUCAGUGAACACUACAGUGACCUGAAGGAUAGGCCAUUCUUUGCUGGGCUAGUUAAAUAUAUGCACUCUGGACCUGUUGUAGCCAUGGUAUGGGAAGGCCUCAAUGUAGUUAAGACCGGAAGAGUCAUGCUGGGAGAAACUAAUCCUGCAGAUUCCAAACCUGGCACAAUUCGUGGUGACUUCUGCGUGCAAGUUGGCAGAAAUAUAAUUCAUGGCAGUGACUCUGUAGAAAAUGCUGAGAUUGAAAUCAACCUAUGGUUCACACCAGAAGAAAUUGUUGACUACACAAGCUGUGAGCACCCAUGGAUCUAUGAUUAAAGCCUAAUGUAUUACUUGUGUAUUCCUUUGUUCUGUUUAUCUGGAAACAGUUCCUACCUCCAAUAUCCUCUAAAAUUGUUUCCCCUUCCCUCUC